GUUCCAGCACGACCAACUAUUCUCUUUUUUCGCAAGAACCGCUACAUGGACUACUAGUAGCUAAUUUGACUCAUAAUUUAUACCCUUCGUUCAUAAGUGAGCGAAUUACUGGCUUAAUGACUAUAGCAGUCACAUUUUUCUUUGUAAUUAUGAAGAAGGUGGAUGCAUGCAGGCGGUUUUGAGAAGCAAGAGGUGUUUCUCUGCCGUUAUUCUAUAACUUACAAUAUUCCUCUGGACAGAGAGGCUAACGUUUGUUGCAACCAAGUUAUUUUCAUCUGGCGCCUGGGUUGAAUUAGCUACACAUUUAGCUACAUUCCCCCGUUCGUGCAGUUUGGUUUUAGAGGUUUAACUUUGUCAGCAGUUGCCUUUUGCUCUCGAUGAGCAUUGUGACAUGCAGAGACUACUGGAAUCGUGUUGUUGGUGGAUCUUUUCUCUGAUUUUAUCAGCCUUCGUGCUCUUCUGGGCCGAUUGUCACCCCGCUCUGACAGAAGGUCAGUUGGGAUCAUUGGGAGCAGAGAAUGAUGGGAAGGUUGCGGAGGCGAGGGACAGGCGAGCGGCGGAGGAGUCCUACUGGGCGUACUCAGGGACUUAUGGGCCAGACAGCUGGGCCUUCACCAAUCCUGAGUGUCAAGAGAGGAAUCAGUCCCCAAUUGACAUCACAGACCAGUACUCCCACACGUCUGAAGAAUACCAAGAGCUCACUCUGGAUGGCUUUGAUACCGAGUCUUCAAACAAGACCUCAAUGAAGAACACAGGCAAAACCGUGGCCGUUCUCCUGAGGGAUGAUUACUUCGUCAGGGGUGCAGGGCUGCCCGGGCGCUUCAAGGCAGAGAAAGUGGAGUUUCACUGGGGCCAGAGCAACGGGUCAGCCGGGUCUGAGCACAGCAUCAACGGCAGGAGGUUCCCUGUGGAGAUGCAGAUCUACCUGUAUAACUCAGAUGACUUUGACAGCAUCAGCGCAGCCAUCAGGCAGAAGAGAAUAAUCGCAGCCAUGGCUGUGUUCUUCCAGGUCGGGCUGAAGGACAACCCAGCGGUGGGCCCCAUCAUCGCUGGCCUGAGGGGCGUGGUUCAUCACGAGAAGGAAACUCUGCUGGAUCCCUUCAUCCUGAGAGACCUGCUGCCGGCCGCACUGGGCCGCUAUUACCGCUACACCGGCUCCCUGACCACACCGCCCUGCAGCAAGGUGGUGGAGUGGAUCAUCUUCAGCAGGCCUGUGUUCAUCUCCCACAGACAGCUGGAGGCCUUCUACUCCAUCUUCACCACCGAGCAGCAGGACCACGUCAAGUCCGUGGAGUACCUGAGGAACAACUUCCGGCCCCUUCAGGACCUGGACAACAGGGUGGUGUAUAAGUCUGCCAUCCAGGAUGCCUGGCUGCCGGACCUGACCGACGGAGUGGGGUACCCUCACGGCACAGAAGCCUCCAGAGUGUGCAGCAGCGCUCCCGUAAACGUGAAGGUCCACCCGCUGAACAGGACCGCGCUGGUGGUGAGCUGGUCCCGACCGCUCAUGGUUUACCACCCCAUCAUCAGCUUCAUGGUCUCCUACAGCUGGACCAAGAACGACGAGGCGUACGAAAGGACCUUCACCAAAGACAGCAACCAGGACCUGGAGGCUCUCAUCACACACGUGUCUCCUGACGUGCUGUACCUCUUCAGAGUGCAGGCUGUGUGUCUGAGGGACCUACGCAGUGACUUCAGCCAAACCCUGCUCUUCAGAGCAAAUACCACCAGGAUAUUUGAGGGAACAAGAAUAGUUAAAACUGGAAUGCCCACAGUGUCCCCCGCCUCGUCUGCAGACAUGGCCCCCAUAAGCUCGGGCUCUUCCACCUGGACGUCGUCCGGCCUCCCCUUCUCCUUCGUCUCCAUGGCGACGGGGAUGGGCCCGUCGUCCAGCGGGAGCCAGGCGACGGUGGCGUCCGUGGUGACCAGCACCCUGCUGGCAGGCCUGGGCUUCAGCGGCGGGGUCUUAUCCUCCUUCCCCAGCUCCGUGUGGCCCACCCGGAGCCCCCCCUCCAGCCCCGGCCCCACCCCCACCCGCCAGCCCGGUCCCCAGGAGCCCCCGUCCCCUCAGACCCCCGACCCCGAGGCCGCCGGGGCCAAAGACAGCGACGGGGCCCGCGAAGGCGAGAAGGGCGAGGAGGGCGAGCGGGAGGGAGAGGAGGAAGACGAGGAAGGGGAGGACGGAGAGGAGGCCAGGACGAAGAAGGACAAGACGGCGGCGGGAGAGGCGGUCGCUCGGACCAACGACACGGCAGCCCGCCAGCCGGCCACGCCCUCCGCCCCGACGUCCACGGCCAAAGAGAAAGAACAGGGCCCCAGCGCCGCCCCCGCUAACACCACCGAGGCCCCGCUGGUGACGGGCGCGGCCGGCCCCGCCCAGGAGAGCCUGCCGCCCCCUACCUGGGAGCCCGCCAACGACACGCUGGAGAUCCAGCUUCCCAACAGCCCCACGCUGACCGUUAAGACCGGAGGAGGAGAGAGGAGUCACUGGCCUUUCUCAGUCCACACAGAGAGCAACAGCAUCUCCAACAUCUCCAACCCCAUGCAUGGAGUCAGCAGGGUGGAGUGGAUCAUACCCCUGGUGGUGGUCUCCGCCCUCACCUUCGUCUGUCUCAUCCUGCUGCUGGCUGUGCUGGUGUACUGGAGGAGGUUUUUCCAGACCGCUCACUUCUAUGUGGAGGACAGCAGCUCGCCUCGUGUGGUCCUUAAUGAGAGCAUCCCAGUAAUUCCCAUUCCAGAUGACGCAGAGGCCAUUCCUGUCAAGCAGUUUGUGAAACACAUCAUGGAGCUGUACUCAAAUAACCAGCAUGGCUUCUCUGAAGAGUUUGAGGAGGUCCAGCGCUGUACAGCUGACAUGAAGAUCACCGCAGAGCACUCCAACCACCCCGACAACAAGCACAAGAACAGAUACAUCAACAUCAUGGCCUACGACCACAGCAGAGUGAAGUUACGGCCUCUGGCCGGUAAGGAGUCAAAGCACAGCGACUACAUCAAUGCCAACUACGUGGACGGCUAUAACAGGCCCAAGGCCUACAUUGCAGCGCAGGGUCCUCUCAAAUCCACCUUUGAGGACUUCUGGAGGAUGAUCUGGGAGCAGAACACGGGCAUCAUCGUCAUGAUCACCAACCUGGUGGAGAAAGGGAGGAGGAAGUGUGACCAGUACUGGCCUUCGGAGAGCAGCGAGGAGUACGGCAACAUCGUGGUGAACCUGAAGAGCACCAAAGUGCACGCCUGCUACACCCUCCGCCGCUUUCUCAUACGGAACACCAAAGUAAAAAAGGGUCAGAAGGGGACCCCAAAAGGGCGUCAGAACGAGCGCACAGUGCUGCAGUACCACUACACCCAGUGGCCCGACAUGGGCGUGCCGGAGUACACGCUACCCGUCCUCACCUUCGUCAGCCGGUCCUCCUCCGCCCGGACCCCGAACAUGGGCCCUGUUCUGGUCCACUGCAGCGCGGGGGUGGGCAGAACAGGGACGUACAUGGUGAUUGACAGCAUGCUGCAGCAGAUAAAGGACAAAAGCUCUGUCAAUGUCCUGGGUUUCCUCAAACACAUCCGCACUCAGCGCAACUACCUGGUCCAGACCGAGGAGCAGUACAUUUUUAUCCAUGAUGCCUUGCUGGAAGCCAUUCUGGGCAAAGAGACAGAGAUCCCCGCUUGCCAGUUCCACAGCUACGUCAACAGUAUUCUAAUGCCAGGCCUUGGGGGCAAGACAGGCUUGGAAAAGCAGUUUAAGCUGGUGACGCAGUGCAACGGCAGAUUCGUUGAGUGUUUCAGUGCGCAGAAAGAGUUCAACAAGGAGAAGAACCGCAAUUCCUCUGUUGUGCCCUCGGAGCGAGCCAGGGUAGGUCUGGCACCCCUACCUGGAACAAAAGGAACGGAUUACAUCAAUGCUUCUUACAUAAUGGGUUACUACAGGAGUAAUGAGUUCAUCGUUACACAGCACCCCUUGCCCCACACAACAAAGGACUUCUGGCGGAUGAUCUGGGACCACAAUGCACAGAUUAUUGUCAUGCUCCCAGACAACCAGAGCUUGGCAGAGGACGAGUUUGUCUACUGGCCGAGCCGAGAGGAGGCCAUGAACUGUGAAGCCUUCACUGUCACGCUAAUCAGCAAGGACCGACUGUGCCUCUCCAAUGAGGAGCAGAUUGUUAUCCAUGACUUCAUCCUGGAGGCCACUCAGGAUGAUUACGUGCUGGAGGUGCGUCACUUCCAGUGCCCGAAAUGGCCCAACCCGGAUGGUCCAAUCAGCAGCACUUUCGAACUCAUCAACGUGAUCAAGGAGGAGGCCCUGACACGCGAUGGGCCAACCAUAGUCCAUGACGAGUUUGGGGCAGUUUCUGCUGGAAUGCUGUGUGCUCUCACCACCCUGUCUCAGCAGCUGGAGAGUGAAAGCGUGGUGGACGUUUAUCAGGUGGCCAAAAUGAUCAACCUCAUGCGGCCUGGAGUUUUCACGGACAUUGAGCAGUACCAGUACCUUUAUAAAGCUAUGCUCAGCCUGGUCAGCACCAAGGAAACUGGGAUGGGCCUGAUGUCUUCAGACAGAAACGGUGCGGUGGUCAUCACAGACGAGUCAGACCCAGCAGAAAGCAUGGAGUCGCUGGUCUGAAGAUGUCCGCGGCGCAGAGAGGCACUUACAUUUAUUAAACAAAAACAAAGGACAAGGGCAGACUUUUUUCAAGGCCUUUUUUGCCAGACACUUGCUUAAAUGAAUAACCUGAUUACUUUUUUACACUGAUAAAAAGUUUUUGAUAUUUAUUUUUGCCAUUUUUCUUUUGUUUUGUUUUUUGUCUUAAUGUUAUCCUACUGAGCGUUUGCACCUCUGUUUGAAGUUCACACAAAGAAGCAAGGAGAGCAGUUCUUUCUAGUUUGCACUAUAUCGCCAGUGUUACUGCCUAAAGAUGAUUCAGUUGGUGAUGUCAAUCAUCAAGCCCUGCGUCAUCCUGCAGUGUGGCUCCGCCCCUUUUUUUCCUUGGUCUGACUGUGAAUGGGAAACCCCACGGUCCACCUGCAGCUCGCUGUGUGGAGGAAGACUAUGGAUGAAGAUUUUGAAGCAGUUCACGUCAUUUCUUUACCACUCCUGCCCCCAGUGCACCAUGCGUUGAAUUGCCAAGUCGUGGUGCAGAUUUGUUCGAUAUACCAUUCUCUGAACUGGACACCAUGCGUUGAUCUUACAAAUCCGCCAUGCUAAUUUAUAUAAUAACACCCUAAAGCAAUAGGGUUCUCACCUUGCAUUCUAAUCAUAUAUCAUUUAACAUAAUCUCUCUGAUUUAUUUGUAAGUUAAUUCCAUAUUUAAAUUUUUAUAUGUGGUAUACAGCUACUGUGAACUUGAAUUAUUUUCCCUGAGAUUUAUAUUGAUUUUUAAUAUAUGUAUAUAUAUAUAAAUAUAUACACACACAUACAAAUAUAUGCUUACUCAUGUUAACAUGUCGUUUAGUAUAAGUGUUUGCCGUUGCCGAAGCCCUUUCCAGAAUUGGUCCAAUGCUUUGACACACAACCUUGAUUACAUUUACUAUAUGUUGAUUUCCUGUUUCCUGUCUGCCUUGUCUAGACUGAUCCUAUGGUCUUUCUGUUGCAUAGUUUCCGCUGCUACCUGCCAAUGAUGGAAUAGUCAAUAUAUGGUAACCAAGAGAACUGCCAUUGUCCUGUACAAUGUCACGUGUAUUUGGAUAAACUCUGUAUCUUUGAAAAAAAAGGUUAAUUGGCAUUUUCAUAGAUCACGUUCUAAAAUUCUUACUGCAAUUAUCAUUCUCCUUUUUGAGUGUUUAUCUUAUAUAUUCAAUAUGGUCAAGAAAAUGGUGCACUUCUACCGUCACACAGUAAAGUGUGUAAUGUGUUAGUUCAACUCCAACAGUCUACACUGGAUAGAUAUUACUCUUAUCAGUGUAUAAUGUACUCUCAUCCCAGUUGAUUUUACUCUGAAGAUUUGUGUGCAAGUGUCAUUGAUUUUUGAUGGACAGUGUAUUUCAAGGAUUUGUAAAAACAAUGUGGCAGGCUGACCUUUAGUUGUGAUUUAUUUCAUACACAAAGUUCAAAUUUAGUGUAUGCCUUUUCUCCUAAAAUCCUUGGCAACAUUUCCUUUUUUGUAAUUACACAAAGCAGUUAUCCAAAAAUGAUGCUAGUCAAAGCACAUAAUAUUAUACUGUAACUUCAACAUUGCCUUGUUUUUCUCUCUAUCUUCCUCUAACACAGACUAUCGCUGGAUAAGGUCAUUUAGGGACAGACUGAGGAAGUACAGCCUUGAUUGAAAAAAGUAAACUAUUCAGCACAAACACCUUGGUACAAUACGAUUGUCAUCCUUGAAUACCACAACAAACAAAUUGGGGGAAAUGUAAUUUAGCAGUUUUACCAAAGAUAUACACUUGUUUCAGUGAGGAAAGGAGAGCUUAUUUUUUUUAAUGUAUCUGUGUUCGCAUUGAUUCAGCGGCUGAUUGAAAGGCGUUCACAGGGAACACGCAAUGUCAAAGUGAUGCUGUUACGUCAUAAUGUUGCCGCAACAUUACAGCAAUGAGAAUGUUCGCAUUUUCUGGGAUGGAAAUUUCAGAUGUGUUUUCAGAAUCUAUGUUUCCUGACAGAAAUUUGAUUGGGUUAGUGUGUUUUAUGCAUACUGUAUAAACUACUGCAAAUAUCCCUGCAUCUGCUUUCAUGCUUAAUGUUAUUUUGUAGGUAUUUUAACAAUUUUAGUACAACUUAAAUAUUAAUUAGAGCUUACCACAUCUGUUACUCUGUCAGCAUUUCCUUUGAUGAUUAAGGAAACCACUUAUUCUUCAUUUACAGCUGUCCACAACAACAGCUAGGCUGUACACAUGGGUAUUUUUUAACCCAGUCUUAUCAAUAUCAUGUUAGGGUUUAUCUGAAAUGAAGGACUCCCCUUCACUUUUUUCUCACAGAAGGACAUUCUCAAUGUCUGAAAAUGACUCUUAAAUAAAUGAAGAGAGAUAUUUCAUUAAUGUUUGGUUUAUUUCUUCUCCUCAGUGGGAGAUUGUUCAAUAAAGUCACAGUUCUCCAACA